AUGUCUAAUUUUCUUUGCAAAACCCUUUUAUUGGCGAGGUGUACACUCAUAGCUCCACAACCAACUCGCUAUUUGGAUUUUCGUCAAAGAACGGUUUUUUAUAGAUACAGCUCGAGUGGUUCAGAUCAACAUGCAUUUGCAGUCUCUUACUUGAUAAACUCUUUUGGGUUCUCUCCGCAAUCUGCUUUAUCAGCUUCCAGGUAUGUUUAUUUCGAAAACUCCGAAAAACCAGACUCACUCGUUAAGGUUCUUAAGGACUACGGUUUUACUCAGACCCAAAUCUCGGACCUUGUUAAAAGAUGCCCUUCAGUGCUUUCAAUGGAUACUGAGAAAAAUUUACUUCCCAAGUUAUUAUUUUUUGAAGCCAAAGGCCUUUCGAAGAUUGAGAUUACAAAAAUGGUGACUGGGUUUCCAUAUAUUUUGAGGAGGAGUUUAAGCAAUACGAUUAUCCCUUCAUAUGAUUUCUUUAAGAAUUUGUUUCAAUCUGAUGAGAAAGUGUUUAUCGCUAUUAAACGCUUUUUGGGUAUUCUGACAUUGGAUAUUAAACAGUAUUUGGCACCCAAUUUUGAUAUUUUGCUACAUAACGGAGUGCCCAAAUCUAAUGUUGUAACAUUGAUUCAGAAUCAGCCUAGAGCUCUUUUGAAAAAUCCUGAUAAGUUUAGAAAGCUUGUAAAGGAAGUGAAGGAAAUGGGAUUUGAUCCUCAAAGGUCGAAUUUUCUUGUUGCGGUAUUUGCAAUCGGGACAAUGACCAAAUCAACAUGGGAAAGGAAAGCUGAUAUUUAUAAGAGGUGGGGUUGGUCUGAGGAAGAGGUUUUUCAAGCUUUUAGAAGAAAUCCUGGAUGUAUGAUGUGUUCUGAGAACAAGAUUAUGGAGAUUAUGAAUUUUCUAAUCAACGAAAUGAGUUUGGAGCCUUCCAUUGUUGCCAAAUGUCCAACUGUUAUUACAUUCAGCUUGAAGAAGAGAAUUGUUCCAAGAGCUUCGGUUAUUCAAGUUUUGUUGUCUGAAGGUUUGCUGAAGAAAAAUUGCAGCCUUUCUUCAUAUUUCAUCGCUUCUGAAGAGUUGUUCUUGAAGAAGUUUGUUUUGCCCUAUGAGAAAGAAUCUUCCAAGCUGCUGAAGUUAUACAAGAAAAAAUUGAGUCUUUCUACCAAAUGA